AUGAGAGAGAGUAGCCAUAGACCUCUCAUAUUUGGAACCCCUUUCCUGUCUACUGUGGGUGCCAUAUUUGAUUUCCCCAAUCAAAGAAUCUCUUUCAACAAGGUGAACAAGGGUAUGUUCUUCCCUAUGUGUUCAACAAAGAACUCUUUUGUUGACAUGGUCCAAGAGGAGAAAGUUACUUUGAAGCCACCCCAAGAAGGAGAAACUGAAGAAACAAUCAAGGAAGAUCCCAUUCCUAAGCCCAAGCAGCUUGCCAAACAAGCAAGGAGUAAGACUAAGGCCCCUACACCAAAACCGCCCAAGGGAUCAACCAAGAUUGAAGAUGAGGCCAAGCCAAGAAGAAGGUUAGAAAACCUAGUAGUGCCAAGGGACAUUCAUGGAGAGAUUGUCUAUCCAGCUGUGAAUCACCCACCAGAUACUCAUUGCAAGGAGAAAAGACUUGGAGGAUCAAAGAUGCCUCUUGUCUCCAUCUUCUCCUGA